UUUCUCUGCUGCCUAAUGAAGGCGCCGUCGAUCCCCAGCAGCAGGACUAGCUUCCCCCCCCCCUUCUUCAUGCGGACGGCAGAUAGAGUAGCCGGUUAGCUGCUUAUUAAUGGAGUCAGCAUGAUCGAGGCUAUGCUACGCACGCUUUCCAAUAAAGAGCUGGCUAGUUAGGGGGGUCGAGCAGAACGCAUGACUUACAAUGACAUUACUGCAAACCAAACAGUCUGACUCGGUGCUACUCUCGUGUGAUUCUCAUUAGCUACUCAUUGUAUUACUUCUAUUGACUGGCUCUUCUAACGAUGAGUGGUCAGCGAGUGGAUGCCAAAGUGGUCAUGCUGGGUAAGGAGUAUGUUGGGAAAACAAGUCUAGUGGAAAGGUUUGCACACAACCGAUUCUUCUUUGGCCCAUAUCAAAAUACUAUUGGAGCAGCAUUUGUUGCCAAACAGAUUCAGAUGGGAGACAAAAUAUUGACUCUUGGAAUCUGGGACACAGCUGGAUCAGAACGUUACGAAGCCAUGAGUAGAAUUUAUUACCGGGGAGCUAAAGCCGCCAUUGUAUGUUACGAUUUGACUGACAGAAGUAGUUUUUUACGUGUGAAGUUUUGGGUGGAGGAGCUACAAAAGUGUGAAGAGCACUGCAAGAUCUACCUGUGCGGAACAAAAAGUGACCUCAUUGAGACAGACCGCACCAUGCGACAAAUGGACUACCAUGAUGUACAGGAUUAUGCCGAAGAAAUUAGGGCUGAGCUGUUUGAGACAUCCAGUAAAACCGGGAAAAAUGUCGAUGAACUCUUUCAGAAAGUAGCAGAAGACAUCUUUAACAGCACCACCUUCCAGCUCAUGACAGAGGAAAAAGGGGUGGAUCUGGGACAGACAAACAACUCCUAUUUUUACUCUUGCUGCCACAAUUGACAAGGGGCAUUAUGCAAUUGGAAAUGAUCAUCUAACGUAGGAUUCUGGGAAGAAAAAAAGAGGUUUUGGCGCUUUGUGCUCAGAGGCCAAUUGAAUAGAAGCUACACAGCAACCAAUCACUGACUCUGCUGAGAGACUCUUGACCUGAAACCUGGAACGGUUACAAGUCUUCAUCUCAGUGAUAUUACUGCUUAUAUUAUCUUCUCUUCUAUCUGAUUAUCUUACGCCAUUUUCAUUGCUUGAUUUUUCUUUUGUUUUUUCAUUCACCGUCCGUUUCGGAAUGUCGAAGCUGAAUGCUUCAUGGUUAAAAAUGCUUUUUCAAAUAUCUGGAAUUUUUUCCAAGAACUGGUUUGUAGUUUGUUGUUUUUAUAAACGUGCAUCUCGUCUCCACUCCUGUAUGCUGUUUUCAUGGGCAGGAUACAGAGGUGGACUGGCAGUGGAAUUUGCAUGUUCUCCCUGUGCUGUGCCCUGCGAUGGGUUGGCCCCCCAUCCUGGAUUCUUUCCUGCCUUGUGCCCAAAGGCUCCGGACCCCUACCCUCCUGAAUAGGACAAACAGUUACAGAAACUGGAUGGAUGGCUACCGAGGCAUAGUUGUGGCUGGAGGGGCUCCUGCAGGAGGGGUUAGAGGUCAUCACUCAGGGUCUCCAGCUGUGAAUAAUGACUGAAUCAUCCCAGUGAGGCUCCUCCACAGGCUCGCCUUCCUACGACAGUGGGCGUCUUACAAGCAUCGGCGUUAUGAUCAUCUGUUUAUGCUAUUUUAUGUCUUUAGUGUUCUUAAUGGAAGUAAAUUAAAGUGAUCUGCUUGGACUGAAAGUGCACUGAUACAACAUGUGUUUACUGUUAGGUGCAGAAGAACUUUUGAAGUUUCCUGAAUGUUUCACGGCAAUGUUUACAGCUUUCUAACAUAUGUGAUAGUUAUUUAAGAUAAGCUGAGUGUUUACACUCGGGUUAUGCGUGAGCUGAGAACUGGAUUGGAGUUUCAUUGUAGCAUUACUGACAAAUGUGUCAGUCUUAUAUUUAUGGCCUAAAUAGAAAAAAAUGUCUGAAUCAGGUGAGAAUACACUAACAUGCUAGUUCUGCAUCUCUCUUUGAACCACUACCAACCUAAGAAAGAACUUUAAAUUGCCUUCAUUAUCGUGACAUGAUUAAUCUCAAAUGCAUUGCCACCCUUUAAGGUUGCAGUUGAAUAGGCUUCACAGUAGCAAUUUGAUAGAAGUGACCUAAUGUCAUUGUUCUCAAUAAACCUUGAUAUAGUUUCUUUAAUUUUCAGAGCACAUCAAGUAUUCAUUUGAUGUGUAUUAAAACAAUGUAUUAGUAUUUGAAUGUUGGUAUCAAACUGUUUACAUGUUUUAUAUGUAUGCCUAUUAAAAUGCUAAGACGAAAAGCUAAGAUCAAUGAUAGCAGGCAGCGUGCAAGCUGAUUUGGGGGUGAAGACUGCAGCAUCGAUCCACAUACCCUCAAGGUGUUCACCGUGUUCACCAUUGUUACCAUAUCGCUGUGCACAAUAUUAUAUUUUACAACUUGACAAUGUCAAAUAUUUAGUUUCACUCUGUGAAGCACACAAUGGCCAGAACUGUUCUAAGGUUGGGUGGUGGUGUGAAUACCUAAUUCAAUAUUGAAUAAAAUGGAUUAAUUUAAA